AUGUCCGCCAAGUCCAUCCACGAGGCCGACGGCAAGGCCAUCCUCAACUACCACCUCACGCGCGCCCCCGUCAUCAAGCCGACCCCUCUGCCUACCCCCUCCACACACAACCCGCCCGCUCGUCUGGCCUCGCUCUACUUCCCGGACGACAAGGCCGUCAAGGAUGUCCUCGACCAGGCCGAGGUCACCUACCCGUGGCUGCUCACCCCCGGCUCCAAGUUCGUCGCCAAGCCCGAUCAAUUGAUCAAGCGUCGUGGCAAGAGCGGUCUGCUGGCCCUGAACAAGACCUGGGCGGAGGCCCGCGAGUGGGUGGAGGCCCGUGCCGCCAAGGACGUCACGGUCGAGGGUGUCGUGGGUGUGCUACGCACUUUCCUCGUGGAGCCUUUUGUGCCGCAUCCCGACGGCACGGAGUACUAUGUCUGCAUCAACUCCGUCCGUGAGGGUGAUUGGAUUCUGUUCACCCACGAGGGCGGUGUUGAUGUCGGUGAUGUCGAUGCCAAGGCUGAGAAGCUCCUGAUCCCCGUCAACCUGAAGAACUUCCCCUCCAACGAGGAGAUUGCCUCCACCCUGCUGAGCAAAGUUCCCAAGGGGGUCCACAAUGUCCUGGUGGACUUCAUCUCCCGCCUGUACGCCGUCUAUGUCGACUGCCAGUUCACCUACUUGGAGAUCAACCCUCUGGUCGUCAUCCCCAAUGCGGACGCGACCUCUGCCGAGGUUCACUUCCUCGACCUGGCGGCCAAGAUCGACCAGACCGCUGAGUUCGAGUGCGGCACCAAGUGGGCGGUGGCCCGCAGCCCCGCCGCCCUGGGCCUGCCCACCCUGUCUACCGGCGAUGGCAAGGUCAACAUUGACGCUGGUCCGCCAAUGGAGUUCCCCGCCCCCUUCGGCCGUGAGCUGAGCAAGGAGGAGAAGUUCAUCUCCGAGAUGGACGCCAAGACCGGUGCUUCCCUGAAGCUGACCGUCCUCAACGCCAACGGCCGGGUGUGGACCCUCGUUGCUGGUGGUGGUGCUUCCGUCGUCUACGCCGACGCCAUUGCCUCCGCUGGCUUCGUCAGCGAGCUAGCCAACUACGGCGAGUACUCCGGUGCUCCCACCGAGACCCAGACCUACAACUACGCCAAGACCGUGCUGGACCUGAUGCUGCGUGCGCCCAUGCACCCCGAGGGCAAAGUUCUGUUCAUCGGUGGUGGUAUUGCCAACUUCACCAACGUGGCCAGCACCUUCAAGGGUGUGAUCCGGGCCCUGCGCGAGGUCGCCCCGGUUCUCAACGAACACAAGGUGCAGAUCUGGGUCCGCCGCGCCGGCCCCAACUACCAGGAGGGUCUGAAGAACAUCAAGUCCGUGGGUGCCGAGCUGGGCCUGAACAUGCACGUGUUCGGCCCCGAGAUGCACGUCAGUGGCAUUGUGCCGCUGGCUCUGCAGGGCAAGAAGACCGACAUCAAGGAGUUCGGCGAGGCAUAA